AUGGGUAAUGACUCGUCUAAAGCCCAUAAAGCAUCAGCAAAAGCAUCAGGAGUAGCGUCAUCCUUGGGUAUUCGCUCUGGACCGUCACAAAGCACUGUUCAACGACAUAUUGACAAUGCAAAGAAAAGCAGAAUCCUGCAAUUGAAGGGCUGCGGAUUGAAAUCAAUGCCCCAAGCCUUGAAUGAGCUUUAUGAGAUUAUUCGAAAUUUGGAAUUGAGCCAAAAUAAAAUCAAAGAGCUGCCUUCGGAUAUUGGAUCUUUCAGAGCUCUCAAACAACUACAUCUUGCUGAGAACGUCCUCACUGAGUUACCUGAUGAGAUUGGCUCACUCAGCAAUCUGGAGAUAUUGAAUGUACACUCGAACAAGUUAUCAUUACUGCCGGAUUCAAUAGUAGGAUGUACAUCAUUGAAAACUCUCAUUCUUUCGGCUAACAAUUUCAUCCAAUUCCCCAUUCCUGUCUGCCAUUUGAUGUCACUGGAAACCGUCAAUCUUGCCCAAAACACGAUAACGGAGCUUCCGGAUGACAUAAGCUCUAUAAACGCGUCCGAAUUGAAUUUAAACCAAAAUAGGCUCAACUUCCUGAAUGCUGAUGCCCUAUCCAAAGCUGCUCACCUCAAGAUCCUCAGAGUUGAAGAGAAUUGUCUCGCAAAAACCGAAUUUACACCACAAUUGCUUAUUCAUUCCACCAUAAGCAUAAUAAGCCAUUCUGGCAAUAUAUUUCAAGACCGUGAAUUCCAAGAUUUGCCUGGUUAUGAAGAAUAUCAAGAACGCUUUACUGCAACAAGACGAAAAAUGUAA